GAGGUUACUGUGAACAUACAUAAUGCAUACAAUUGCAACCAUAACCCUACCUCAAUGCCAAGUUGUCGAAUGGGCAUCUAGAAAAGCUUGACUGCCUGGGUCCACAAAUCCAGGGGCCCCUAGUCCUAUGUAACCCACGCCAGGUAAGGAUUAGGAUCGUGGAGAAGUUGGGGUAGCUAGGGUGAGCUAGCGACAACUAGGCCUGGAAAACUAAUUACCCGUGUGAGCAGCUUGGUAAAUAUCCCAAGACGGAAUAAUGUCCGAAGGGAGGUCUCCAUCACUCAUUGGGGAGUAAGUUCAUGUGAUAUGAGAAGAGCAGCAGGUAAUAUUGUUCAUAUUCUCGAACUUCCCGUCUCGUCUGCCAUGCUUCCUAUUCUGCGGUUGAGCUGAAUCGGGGCCCUAGCUUCGAGCCAAAGAGAAGAGGACGACAUCUCCGAAGCCUUCAACAGCUAGCCAGUUAUUAUCAUGUUGUUCUUCAAGCUCUUCCUGGCGGCUCUGGCGCCUGUCAGCCUCGUCGCCGAAAGCGCAUCGCAAGCACCAGAUUUAGAUCUUGACGCACUUCUUGCUAAGCAUAACUUAGCCCUAGUUCCUCGGUCGGACCUAACCGAUGCCUUGACAGAGCUUAAUGGCUUGCUCAGGAGGAACCAGGUUCAGCAACAGAAAGUUGCACUAUAUCCACGACAAAAGACGAAUAGCACACGUCCCGGCUCUGGCUCUGGUUCCAGCUCUAGUUCAGGUUCUGGGUUAAGCGGCGGCCUUGACCUCGGUGACCUUGGUGGCCUUGGAGAUCUAGGCCAAAUUCUCGAGAGCUUGACAAAACUCAUCACACAAUUGGGUGAUCUUGGAGGUUAUCUCUCGGCUAUCCAACAGCUGCUGAGCGAUGAGUUCUUGCAAGCCUUACAUGAUGCUAUGGUGUACCUUGCACAGACUCUUCGUCCGCCGAUUCCAAACAUUGCCAGGAAUGUCCUCACCAAGGCUGAACCGCUGAUCAAUCUGCUUAGUUCCCUAGACCUAGAGGGAAUCGUAGACGAGAUCAAGGGUAUCGACCUGAAGGGUAUACUCAACGCGCUACAGCCCCUUCUAGCCCCGGAAUCUAUCAAGGGUAUUGUCAGCCUGUUGAGUAAUGCAGAAAAACUUUUGACCUCGGAAACCGUUGAGGCUCUUAAGUCAAUACUAUCAAGUGUACAGCCACUCAUUGACCAUCUCUCAAAGAUCGACCUUGAGGGCAUACUUGAUGCAUUAUCCCCCCUUCUCACGUCGGAUUCGGUCAAGGGUAUUGUAAACCUGUUACACAACGCUGGAGAUCUUUUGACAUCGGAAACUGUCGAAGCGCUAAAGUCGCUACUUUCCAGCGCCCAACCGCUCCUCGACAGCCUCAAGGAUAUCGAUCUUCAAGGACUACUUGACGCCAUAUCUCCUCUUCUGACGGCGGAUUCCGUUAAGGGCAUAGUUGGCCUGCUUGGCAAUGCCGAGUCUCUCCUAACUAAGGAAUUUGUCGACCAAACCAAAUCCUUAAUUUCCGGGGCAGGGCCGCUCCUCGACGGCUUGAAGCAAAUCGACCUGAAAAGUUUGAUAGAUCAGAUUUCGCCAAUUCUCAACGAGCUCGGUCAACUCGACCUAAAGGGCUUGUUCGAAGCUAUCAGCCCACUGCUGACGCCAGACUCUAUCAAAGGUAUUACAGGGUUACUUGGUAACGCGGAGGACUUGCUAACUGGCGAAUUCGUCGACCAAACCAAAUCCCUAAUUGCGGGAGCAGGACCUUUGCUCUCAAGCUUAGGUGAUAUCGAUUUGAAGGGUCUACUCAGCCAGAUCUCGCCUUUACUCGACAGUCUAAGCAAGAUCGAUCUUCAAGGUCUGCUUUCGGCUGUCGAGCCCUUGUUAACACCCGACUCGGUGAAGGGUAUCGUCGGGCUCUUGGGCAACGCUGAGGACUUAUUGACGACACAAUUCGUUGACCAAACGAAGACGUUGAUAUCCGGCGCUGUCCCAUUAAUAUCUGCUGUCGGCAAGCUUGACUUAGAGGGGCUCAUCGAGCAAGUGAAGCCGCUUUUGGAUUCCUUGAGCCAGAUCGACUUAGGUAGCCUUGUCAAGAAGAUCCAACCUAUUCUCGACGCUAUAGGCCAGAUCGACAUCGCAGGACUGGUUAAGCAAAUCUCGCCAAUUCUGAACUCCCUCGGGCAGAUUGAUCUAUCUGGCAUCAUAGACAAGAUACAGCCGAUCCUCGACGCUGUAGGUCAAAUUGACUUCGCGGGUUUGAUUCGCAAGAUCACACCGCUCCUAGAUUCCCUAGGUCAGAUUGAUUUAUCCGGCAUCAUAGAUAAAGUAAAACCGAUCCUCGAUGCCGUGGGUCAAAUCGACUUCGCGGGUUUAAUUCAAAAGGUUACGCCGCUCCUAGAUUCCCUUGGACGGAUUGAUCUAUCUAGCCUCAUAGAUAAAGUACAGCCGAUCCUCGAUGCUGUUGGCCAGAUUGAUUUCGCGGGUCUGAUCAAACAGAUCACCCCGAUUUUGAAUUCACUGGGUCAGAUCGACUUAGAAGGGCUUAUCGAAAAAAUACAACCUAUCUUGGACUCCCUCGGUCAGAUCGAUUUCGCAGGGUUGAUCAAGCAAAUAGCCCCUAUCAUAACGGCUGUGGGUGAGAUCGACAUAAAGGGUGUGUUCGAUGCCGUUUCCCCAUUACUCACACCGUCCUCCGUACACGGGCUCGUAGGUCUGGUCGACAACGCUGAGUCUCUACUGACGAAGGAAUUCGUGAACGAAACUCAUACCAUUAUUGACGGCGCAGCACCGCUAAUUGGAGCCCUGGGAGGAAUCGAUAUUGGCGGCCUCCUAGACCAAGUAAAGCCGCUUCUCAGCUCGCUAAGCCAAAUCGAUUUGGGUAGUCUCAUCAAGGCGGUUAAGCCUCUUCUCGGAACGCUGAGCCAGAUUGAUAUCCAAGGAAUCGUCGAGCAGAUAACGCCUUUAAUCACACCGACCUCUGUGAAGGGGAUCAUGACGUUGCUUGGAAAUGCGGAGAGCUUAUUGACAGCUGCAUUUGUGUCGCAAACGAGCGAGUUAAUAAGCGAUGCUACGCCCGUAAGUUGUUGUCCUUUUCCUCUUCCUAUUUUCCACGGUCGCUUUUUCUCGAGGUAAUUCUUACUGAUGGCAUAAUUUUCAAUACAGAUCGUAGCGACAUU